AUGGGGCUUUUGUCUGGGAUUUUCCUGGGAAUCGCCUUCGGGAUUGGGCUCAUGGCGGGAUGGAACCAUAUGAUGAAAUACCGCAGCAACAAGCGAGUUUCAAAGGCAGUUGACAUGAAACUGCUUGGAACACUCAAUAGAGAUGAUUUAAAGAAAAUUUGUGGAGACAAUUUUCCUGAGUGGAUAUCUUUUCCAGUCUUUGAACAGGUGAAAUGGAUGAACAAGAAACUGGGCAAGCUGUGGCCCUAUGUCGCUGAUGCUGCAACUAUGGUGGUUAAAGAAUCUGUUGAACCAUUGCUCGAAGAGUAUAGGCCCCCUGGGAUAACGUCAUUGAAGUUUAAUAAGUUUUCCUUGGGAACUGUUCCACCAAAAAUCGAAGGUAUUCGCGUUCAAAGUCUCAAGAAAGGUCAAGUUACUAUGGAUAUAGAUUUCCGAUGGUGUGGUGACCCAAGUAUCAUUCUUGGGGUUGAAGCUGCACUAGUUGCUUCCAUACCGAUUCAGCUUAAGGAUCUCGAAAUGUACUCUGUAAUUCGUGUCAUCUUCCAACUUUCUGAGGAGAUACCUUGCAUUUCUGCUGUUGUUGUGGCCUUACUUUCUGAGCCAAAACCUAAAAUUGAAUACGUAUUAAAAGCUGUUGGUGGAAGCUUGACUGCCAUUCCUGGUUUAUCAGAUAUGAUUGAUGAUACAGUCAAUUCAAUUGUGACCGAUAUGCUUCAGUGGCCUCACAGAAUUGUUGUUCCGAUUGGUGGCAUACCUGUUGAUACCAGUGAACUGGAGCUUAAGCCUCAAGGGAAGCUGACGGUGACAGUAGUCAAGGCAAAUGAUUUGAAGAACAUGGAAAUGAUUGGAAAAUCUGAUCCUUAUGUUGUUCUACAUAUUCGACCGGUAUUCAAGGUCAAGUCAAAUGUAGUGGAGAACAAUCUUAAUCCUGUAUGGAAUCAGACAUUUGAUUUGAUUGCCGAAGAUAAGGAAACUCAAUCACUUAUUUUCGAGGUGUUUGAUAAAGACAUUGGACAAGACAAGAGACUGGGUAUUGUGAAGGUACCACUCAUUGACCUGGAAGCCGAGACUUGGAAAGAUAUGGAGCUAAGACUUAUGCCGGCGCUUGAUAUGUUGAAGGUUAAGGACAAGAAGGAUCGUGGAACUCUUACGAUUAAGGUGCUGUACCAUGAAUUUAACAAAGAGGAGCAGAUGGCUGCUUUGGAAGAGGAGAAGAGGGUCCUGGAAGAAAGAAAGAAGCUGAAAGAAGCUGGAGUGAUUGGGAGCACCAUGGAUGCACUGGAUGGAGCAGCGUCGAUGGUGGGCACUGGGCUCGUCGGUGGUGUUGGUCUGGUGGGGAGUGGUAUUGGUGCUGGAGCCAACCUUGUUGGAAGCGGGGUUGCAGGAGGGGUUGGGAUGGUUGGGAGUGGGUUUGGAGCCGUGGGCAGUGGGCUGAGCAAAGCUGGCAAGUUCAUGGGGAGGACUAUUACAGGGCAAUCCAGCAAGAGAAGUGGCUCUUCCACUCCUACCACUCUGGAAAAUGGCGGCGGGGCUAAGCCGCUGCAGUAA